CCGGCGCGGCACUUCCGGUGUGCCGGGAUCACUUCCGGCCAUGGCGCCCAGCGUGGCGGAGCGGCUGCUGGAGCGGCUGGGCCAGGCCGCGGCCCCGGGCGGGCUCUGCAGCCUCGAGGCCGCCGCCCAGCUCGGGGUGGACCACCAGACUCUCGUGGGCGCCGUGAAAAGCCUCCAGGCGCUGGGCGAGGUGAUCGAGGCGGAGGCGCGGACGGCCACGCGAUGGGAGCUGAGCGCCGAGGGCGAGGAGGUGCUGCGGGACGGCAGCCCCGAGGUGCGGCUGUUCCGGAGCCUCCCCGAGGAGGGGCUGCCGCAGGCCGAGGCCAUGAAGCUGCCCGGGGGCUCCUUGGGCUUCAGCAAGGCCAUGGCCAACAAGUGGGUGCGCCUCGAUAAGGGAGCGGCCGGCGGGCCCCGCGUGCUCCGCGCCGUGCCCUCGGUGCAGGACGCGGUGCAGGAGCAGCUGGGCCAGGUGAGGGCCGGGGGGGCCCUGCCCGAGCGGGAGCGCUCCGAGCUCAAGAGGAGGAAGCUGCUGCUGGAAGUGACCCUCAAAUCCUUCUGGAUCCGCAAGGGCAGCGCCUUCAGCACGGCCGUGGCGCGCCGAGAGCGGAAGCUCACCCCGGACAUGAUCGCCACGGGCUCCUGGCGCCGGCUGCCCUUCAAACCCUACAACUUCUGCGCGCUGGGGCUGCCCCCGGCCUGCGGGCACCUGCACCCGCUGCUCAAGGUGCGCUCGGAGCUGCGCCAGAUCUUCCUGGAGAUGGGGUUCACGGAGAUGCCCACGGAUAACUUCGUGGAGAGCUCCUUCUGGAACUUCGACGCGCUCUUCCAGCCGCAGCAGCACCCGGCGCGCGACCAGCACGACACCUUCUUCCUGCUGGGUGGACCCCGCGAAGCCCCCCAGUUGCCCCCCGGCUACUCCUCCAAGGUGAAGAAGGUGCACUCGCAGGGAGGCUACGGCUCACAGGGGUACAGGUACGAGUGGAAGGUGGAGGAGGCAAAGAAGAACCUGCUGAGGACGCACACCACGUCAGCCAGUGCCCGCGCCCUGUUCCAGCUGGCACGGCAGGAGAAGUUCAGCCCCGUGAAAUAUUUCUCCAUCGACCGCGUGUUCCGCAACGAGAGCCUGGACGCGACGCACCUGGCCGAGUUCCACCAGGUGGAGGGGCUGGUGGCCGACCGGGGGCUCACCCUGGGCCACCUCAUGGGCAUCCUGCGGCAGUUCUUCACCAAGCUGGGGAUCUCGCAGCUGCGCUUCAAACCCGCCUACAACCCCUACACCGAGCCCAGCAUGGAGGUGUUCAGCUACCACGAGGGGCUGAAGAAGUGGGUGGAGGUGGGGAACUCGGGGGUCUUCCGCCCCGAGCUGCUGCUGCCCAUGGGGCUCCCUGAGAACGUCUCGGUCAUCGCCUGGGGGCUCUCGCUGGAGCGACCCACCAUGAUCAAAUACGGCAUCAACAACAUCCGGGAGCUCGUGGGGCACCGCGUCAACCUGCAGAUGGUCUACGACAGCCCCAUGUGCCGCCUGGACGUGUGACCCCCUCCCCACCCGGGGCUCCCCUCAUUUUGGGGAGGGGUCCCCACCACAAAUAAAGCCCGGUGUCCUGC